GCUUAACUGACUGAGCCACCCAGGCGCCCUAACGCAAUAAUAAUUAUUAAAUGAUGGUACAGUACUAUCCCGUUUCACCUACAUCCUGAUCUUAGAGUCCUAUCUGAUUCCUUUCUCCUGGGCUCUCUCCCUCAAAAAGUCCUCACAUUCCCUCUUAGGGAAGUUUCUGGCCUCCAUUUCCAGAGCCUUAGAGACAUUACUCCCGCCUCUUCUUGAGACAAUGAGGUCUUUUCGCCUUUGAAAAGACUAGGCUGAGCCCCCUUCUUUAUUUCCUCUUUUAUAUCCUACCCUCCCAUGGGGUUAGAAGAUUCUGAUAGCACAGGGAAUGUGGGUCAAAAGGAUCCAGGCUAAGGAAACAAUGAGGGUCCUGAGUUGAAAAUACUUUGGUGCAAUCAAGGAACAGAAAAGAGAAGGGAGGCCAGCAGGGCUGGGGUCAGAGGAGUUGCAGAGUUCAAGGUGAGUUUGAGAGAACCCUGUUAGAUGCCCUGAGGCAUGGUAAGGAUGGUAAGUUGGAGCCAGCUGAGAGCAGCUCUUCACUGGGCAGGUUUUGGGCCACCCCUGUGCUGGGUCCCACCAGUUCCCUGCACACUCUCAGAGAAGACGGAAGGCUGCACAAAAGUGCGCUCAGGCCACUGGUAGUCAAGAAGGGAUGAUUUUCAAGAAAUGCCCUCUCUUCGCUAUUUCCUUUUUCCAAUUCUGCCUUGUCUUUUUCCUUUGUUGUGGGUGCCGGAGAGGGAAGUCAAGCAAGGAAGUCAGUCCUAAGAAGAGAAUGUUUUCCCUCUGGCGCCAAGGUGCGCGGAAAGGGUAUUAGAGUCUUCCAAGAGAUGGUUAAGAAGACGCUGCCCAAGACCAGGAAGAAAACCUCAGCGAUGCAGAGCGGAAGACUUGGGAAUGCGGGGUGGGCUCGGACUCCCGCCUCGCCCGCGGGUGUUCUAGCUUCCGGCCAGCCGGGCCAGUCCUACCGCCCCGAGGCGCCCCAGGCCCGCAGCCCCUGGGCCCGCCCCCUCGAAGCCCCGCCCCCAACAGCCCGCUCGCCGGCCUCUGAUUGCCCCCAGAGCACGUCACUCCUGGCAGGGCCCCGCCCCCUGGCGCCGUCAUUGGCCGGCGGCGGCGGGGAGGCGGGACGCGGCGGGGCGGGGUCCCGAGUCGCGGCGGAACCCGGCGGCUGCGGCGGAGGGGGCCCUGGCGAGGUGGCCCACGAAGCGCCCCGCGACAGCUCUGCGCAGCCCGACCCCCUCUGCUCCGUCCCCUCCUUCCUGCGGGGUUCCCGGCCUCUCCUCUCCCGGGAGGACCGAGCUUCAGGUGAAAGAGUCCGAAAGUCGUUGGAGCGCUACAGCCACCAUGGGGCCCUGGGCGGAGCCAGAGCUCCUGGUGUGGCGCCCGGAGGCGGUGGCCUCGGAGCCCCCGGGGCCCGUGGGUCUGGAGGUGAAAAUGGGCGCCCUGGUGCUGCUGCUCUUGCUCACUCUUCUCUGCAGUCUGGUGCCCAUCUGCGUGCUGCGCCGGCCUGGGGCCGGCCCCGAAGCCUCAGCCUCCCGCCAAAAAGCCUUGAGCCUAGUAAGCUGCUUCGCAGGGGGUGUCUUUCUGGCCACCUGUCUCCUGGACCUACUGCCUGACUACCUGGCUGCCAUAGAUGAGGCCCUGGCAGCCCUGCACGUGACGCUCCAGUUCCCCCUACAAGAGUUCAUCUUGGCAAUGGGCUUCUUCCUGGUCCUGGUGAUGGAACAGAUCACACUAGCUUACAAGGAGCAGUCAGGGCCACCACCUCGAGAGGAGACAAGAGCUCUGCUGGGAACAGCAAAUGGUGGGCCACAGCACUGGGAUGAUGGGCCAGGGGUCCCACAGGCAGGUGGAGCCCCUGCAGCCCCCUCAGCCCUGCGUGCCUGCGUACUGGUCUUCUCCCUGGCCCUGCACUCGGUGUUCGAGGGACUGGCGGUGGGGCUGCAGCGAGACCGGGCUCGGGCCCUGGAGCUCUGCCUGGCUUUGCUGCUCCACAAGGGUAUUCUGGCAGUCAGCUUGUCCCUGCGGCUGCUGCAGAGCCAUCUGCGAGCGCAGGUGGUAGCUGGCUGUGGGAUCCUCUUCUCAUGCAUGACACCUCUGGGCAUUGGGUUGGGUGCGGCUCUGGCAGAGUCGGCUGGGCCACUGCACCAGCUGGCCCAGUCUGUGCUGGAGGGCAUGGCAGCUGGCACCUUUCUCUAUAUUACCUUCCUGGAAAUCUUGCCCCAGGAGCUGGCCACUUCUGAGCAGAGGAUCCUCAAGGUCAUCCUGCUCCUUGCAGGCUUUGCCCUACUUACUGGCCUGCUCUUCAUCCAAGUCUAGGGAGCUCCAGGUGCCCUUGACCUUCCUUUUCCACCCCAGCAUAUGAAAAUAAGGAGUGGAGAAGGGAGGAUUGAGGAUCAAAGGGUUCUCUGGGAGAUAGGGAUGGAGUCUUUGGGAUUAUCUGACCAAUGGGAGGGAUGUGGUAUUCAAGAGCCUGGCCCCGAGGGACAAGGGAUAGUCCUAUCACUAAAGACGUGAUCAGUGAUUCACAAUGGGGAAGACACUGAGUGUUAGAAUCCAGGGUCACACUACAUACAGGGACGAGCUGACGAUGGCAAGGCUGGGAGCGGGCACCCCGCCGCUGCGGGAUGGAGGUGUGAGAAGGCACAGCCCAGAGGCAGCAGUCCUGCUGGUUCUAGCCCACUUCAGCCCUCUGUCACUUGGCGUGGAGUGGACUCCUUCUUUUCUUAGCGCCUACUCUAUCUCCCGCUUCCCUUCUCCCAGGGGACUGGUGCCAAAUGGCCUCUUCCUGCCAGUUUGGUACCUUCUUUGGCUUCUCUAGUCCUGCUCACUUCUCUAUUUUUAAAGUGCCAAAUAAAUCCCUUCCCUCUUUGUCAAAAAGCACAGUGAUGGCACUGAACCCUGCCCAACACCUCAGCGGAGGGGCCCUGCUUGCUCUUUUUUUUGGAGGCAGGCCUGUUUGCUGAGUUGAGGUUGGGGGAGGGUUGGCAGAGAUACGGCCCCCCACCACUACUGCACCCUGGGAAUACUGAACAUGGAACUGGUGCCCCAUGCCCAGAUGAGAAAUACUGAGCUGCCAAAUUUUUUUUUAUACCAGAGGAGCCCAAGGGGAAAGCUCACCCCCAGCUAUUUUUGGGGAGGGAGGGCUGUGGAUAGAGCCAUGUUCUCUAGAAUCUAUUUUACUAACUGACCUGUUUUGGGACUUGUUACCCAAAUAAAAGAUGUUUCUAUACA